AUGGAUAUUUCUAAAAAAACUGCCCUCAUUGAAGCUCUGUUGUUAGAGGAUCUUCCAGAUUGUAGCGAAGAUUCUGAUGUAGGUGUUUCCGAUGAAGAAGUCGAAAAAGAUCUUCAAGUACCCUUAUCGAGAGGCUUCGACGACUAUUUUGAGGAGGCUAUUGAGAGGGUCUUAGCUGAAAUUCCUCCAUCGCCGACAAAUGAAGAAGUGCCAUCAGGUUGUUCUGUAGAUCAGAAAGGCAAGGUAUUGAAUCUAAAAAAGGAGGAACUUUUAGCAUUUAUUGGUAUGAAUUUCUAUAUGGGCUACAAUACUCUGCCGACUUGGACAGACCAUUACUCUUCGGCAUCUGAUCUUAACAAUCCACUUAUAUGCAACACCAUGCCAAGCGACAGAUUUGCUAUGAUUUUAUCACAUCUACACUGCAACGACAAUGCUCAAAUGCCUAAAAACUGCAAAGAUAAGUUGUAUAAAAUAAGACCUAUUGUUGAUGCUCUCAAUAAAAAAUUUCAAGAGUGCUAUCAUGGGACCCGUGAAAUGAGCGUGGACGAAUCGAUGAUCAAAUUCAAGGGUAGGUCUGUACUAAAACAGUAUCUACCCAUGAAACCAAUCAAGAGAGGAUAUAAGUUGUGGUAUCUUGCAGAUCAGAGGGGCUUAAAUUUAAAGAUGAAGAAAUGA